AUGACAAAGGCAUAUGAUAGUGGCUCAUGGUUAUUUCUAACCAAGGUGUUAAGGAAAAUGGGUUUUGGAGAAGUACUAAUUGAUAUGGUUUACACAAACAUUUCCAAUAAUUGGUACUCCAUUCUAAUUAAUGGUCAGCCUUGUGGUUUUUUCAAAUCAUCGAGAGGUGUAAAACAAGGGGAUCCCCUAUCUCCAACUUUGUUCAUACUGGCAUCUGAAUGUAUGUCCAGGGCUUUGAAUGCUUUACACUCCAAAGAAAGGUUUAGGGGAUUUGGUAUGCCUAAGUGGAGUCCUUAUAUUAAUCAUCUGGCAUAUGCUGAUGAUACCAUUAUUUUCUCAUCUACAAAGGAGGACUCACUAAGACUUAUAAUGGAUACACUUACAUCUUAUGAAGCAGUACGUGGACAAAAAAUUAAUAAAGGAAAGAGUGCAGUUUUUCUUUAUCAUAAUGUGACUCAGGAGGUUGAAGAAAAGGGAAGCUUUUAUCUAUUGGGGGAAGGGUUACUCUUAUCAAGCAUGUAUUAUAGAGAAGAAGGAGGUUUAGGUUUCAGAAGUCUUCAAGAUGUUUCUAAGGCACUCUUCUCUAAAUUGUGGUGGAAUUUCAGGACUAAACAAUCAUUAUGGAGGAUGUAUAUGAGCAACAAAUACCUAAAGAAGGAUCAUGCAGUGACUGUACAGUGGAAAAGAGGAACUUAUAUUUGGAAAAAAAUGCUCCAAUGCAAAGAUGUAGGGGAAAACGAAAUUUGGUGGCAAGUGAAACAAGGUGAUUCUUACUUCUGGCUAGAUAAUUGGACAGGAUUAGGGGCACUAUGUCAAAUACUACCUCCUAGUUUCAAUAUGGAUAGAACAGUGGUAUUAAUCAAAGAAUUGAAGAGUGAUGAAGGAUGGGAUGAAGAAAGGUUGAGAGAGAUCUUGCCUGGUACUAUUGUAGAACAUAUUGUGCAUAGUAUAAGGCCUCCUACAGGUACUGAACAUGAUAAGCCUUUUUGGAAGCCAGAUACAAAAGGGAAAUUUUCUGUGAAGACUGCUUUUCAACUAAUCAGGCAGAGGGGGGAAACAAAGCCAAUGGGCAUAAACAUACAAAACUUACAAUUGAGCCAAGUAAUUAAUCAGUGGUGGGAUACUCCAGUAAACAGUCAUGUAAAGUAUAUCUUUCAGGCAAUACCUUCAAUUAUUGUCUGGGAACUUUGGAAAAGGAGAAAUGCAAUUAAACAUGGGGGAAAAAUGUCUAAGAGGUACAGUCCUAGAACAAAGGGAAUCCAGGUGAAUUGGAGACCACCAGAAAUGGGAUGGAUCAAAUGCAAUACAGAUGGUGCAACUAGAGGUAAUCCUGGACGAGGUUCCUGGGGGUUUUGUGUGAGAAAUGAGAAUGGGGACCUGAUUGCUGUAAAGGCUAAAGAGUUAACCAAUUCUAGAUGCACUAAUACACAAGCCGAGACUACUGCUAUUUUACAUGCUAUAAGAUAUGUAGAGGAGAAACAAUUUCAGCAAGUGAUUUUAGAAACUGAUUCUUUACUGCUGAUGAACUGCAUUCUUAAAAUCUGGGAAAAUUACCCAUAUCCUAAGAGAAGGAAACCAGUUGGCAGAUCAUCUUGCCAAUUUAGCUCUAGAUGA